AAUUUUCAUUUGUCUCUAACUAGGUUUGGAAGUGAGAAAAGAUGCAGCACGAUGAGGUCAUAUGGCAAGUUAUCAGACACAAGCAUUGCAGCUUUAUGGCAAAGAUUGAGACGGGGAUAUUUUGUCGAAACCCAUAUAAUGUAACUGGGAUUUGCAACCGUAGCUCAUGUCCUCUGGCUAAUAGUCGGUACGCCACCAUUCGGGAUCAUGAUGGAGUGUUCUAUCUGUACAUGAAAACAAUAGAAAGGGCUCACAUGCCAAACAAACUUUGGGAAAGAGUUAAAUUGCCAAGAAAUUAUGAAAAGGCUCUUGAAAUCAUUGAUAAACAUUUGAUGUACUGGCCAAAGUUUCUUGUGCACAAGGCAAAACAACGAUUAACAAAAAUGACUCAGAUGCGAAUAAGAAUGAGGAAGCUUGCUUUGAAAACAAGGGAGAAGAUAAUGACCACACCAAGGAAAGAAACAAAAAGAGAAUCUCGUCGACAGGAAAAGGCUGAAAAAGCCGCUCUUCUCGAUAAAAGUAUUGAGAAGGAACUGCUAGAACGCCUUUCAAAAGGAGUGUAUGGUGAUAUAUACAAUUAUCCCGAGCAGAAGUAUCAAGAGAUUCUUGACAGGGAAGCAUUGCAAGUGGCUAGCGAAGAAGAAGAUGAGGAGGAACCUGAAGUGGAAUAUGUUGAAGGCUAUGAAGAUCUUGAAGAGGAAGAUGAUAUGGAAGAUUUUGAUGGUCUUGGAAUUAGAGACAAUGGCUUGGAUGAUGAUACUGGAAUGGACGACGAAGAUGAUGAUGAUGACGAAGAAGAGGCUGUUGCAGUUCAUCGGAAGAGCGGUAGAAAAGAUUCUGCUUUAGCUAGAAGAAGAGCCGAGAAAGAUGAUCCAAGUGCCAAAGCAAAGAAAAAGGCGAAAGUGCUCGUGGAGGUUGAGCAUGAUGAUACCGGUGCAAGACAGACAGCAGUACAAUGAGAGCUUGGACAAUUAUCAGAAUGCUUGCUUUUAAGUGGCACAGUAAAACAAAUUCGGUUGGAAACACAAAUGUUACGCGAAGAGAUGCUAGUUUGUUUCUCAGAGUAUGCGCCUGACUUUGAAAUGGACAUAUGAGCGAACCGAGUCUUACUAAAUUUUGAUCUUGUAAUAGCAAAUUUUGUGGUAAUUGCUUGUGUUAAGAGUGGAAUUGUACUAAGAGUAGCCUUUAGUGACAUUUAUGAAGUAGAUUUACAAGACAUUACGAAGUAAUUUAUCAUGCCAAGCGUAAGCUGAUCAGUUUAUGAUUUUCAUGAAUUUUUCACAAAUGGAUUGUGCCUGGCCCAAUAUUUGCGGGCUUGUAAUUUCAUUUUGCUAACGUGUCAGGCAACUGGGCUGUAAUUUUUAGUUGUUUUUCCUUUUGUGUGACAA